AUUCGGCGGGCCAUUCACUUCUCACCUCACCCCACUCUCUCUCCUCGAUGUGUAUAUAUAACGAACUGAAAGGGAGAUCAGUGAAUCUCAUUCCGCUUACAUUCUCUCUAAAAAAGUAGAGAGAGAGAGAGAGAGAGAGGGGAGGGGGGAAUUGUGAUGGGGUGUUGCAAUGUGUGGGGCGGUGCGGCGGCUCUGGUGAUUAUGGCGGUGUGGGUUGCGGAGGGGGCGGCGGGAAUGGGGAACUGCAGCUUCUUCGAGGGGAGGUGGGUGGUGGACCGGUCGAACCCCCUCUAUGAUCCCUCCACGUGUCCCUUCAUUGGGCGGGAAUUCAACUGCCUCAACAAUGGCCGUCCAGAUCUCCUCUACCUCCACUACCGGUGGCGGCCUUCCCGCUGCGAUUUGCUCAGAUUUGAUGGGAGGGAUUUGCUGAGGAGAUACAGAGGGAAGACGAUAAUGUUUGUGGGAGACUCUCUAAGCAGAAACCAAUGGCAGUCCUUCACCUGCUUGCUUCACGCCGCCGUCCCCCAUUCUCCCUACUCACUCUCUUUCCAACGCGAUCUCACCACCUUCACUCUCCCUGAUUACAAAGUGAAAGUGAUGCUUCAUCACACUGUGUACCUAGUGGAUGUGGUGAAGGAAGAUGUUGGGAGGGUGUUGAAACUGGACUCAAUUCAGGGAGGGAAGCUGUGGAGAGGGGUGGACAUGCUGAUCUUCAACACCUGGCAUUGGUGGAGCCGAAGAGGACCAUCCCAACCAUGGGAUUACAUCCAAGAUGGAAAACAAUUGUUAAAGGACAUGGAUCGAACGCUUGCAUUUCAAAAGGCGCUCAACACAUGGGCAGCUUGGGUAGAAGCUAACAUUGAUCCCACGAAAUCAAUUGUGUUCUUCCAAGGAAUUUCUCCAUCCCAUUAUGAUGGGAGCCAGUGGAAUGAACCAGGUGCGAAGACGUGCAUGGGGGAGAAGCAACCAUUGAGCGGCACAACUUAUCCGGGAGGGUUGCCGCCGGCGGUGACAGUGGUGAAGAGAGUGUUGGCGAGGAUGAGGAAACCGCGGGUGGGGCUGCUGGACAUCACGAAGCUCUCACUGCUGCGAAAGGACGGACACCCUUCGGUGUAUGGGCUGGAAGGGAGAAUGGACUGCAGCCAUUGGUGCGUGGCUGGUGUCCCUGAUACUUGGAAUCAGAUCCUUUACAAUCUUAUCCUACAGGCCACGCCGGCUUAAUUAAUAUAUUAACCAUAGCUCUAGCUAGCUACCUAGUUUUCGUCUACAUUACAUUUAUCCAUCCAUCAUUAACAGAGAGAGAGAGAGAGAGAGAUUUUUAUAGAAUAAUGAUAGUACGUAAGAUUGGUGAUGCGUGCGUGCAUGAAUUGAAUGCAUGCAUGGUUGGGUGCAAGCGCAGUGAAUUAAGAUUGAUAUUAGAGACUUAUCUACAACAACAAUCAGCGGCUCUUCACAAAGCAGUUAUACGAAGACCAGUUCAAAUAUUUUUCAGGAUUCUUGAUAUGCAGUUACACAAAAAUCAGUUCAAAUAUUUCUCAGGAUUCUUGAUAUGCAGUUACACGAAAAUUAGUUUAAAUAUUUCCCAGAAUUCUUGAUAUGUUUGUUUAGAUAUGUAAUCAGUUUCAAUUCAAAUGUUUAAAUUCAAAUGUAUUUCUUUGUUCCUAUCUUUCCAUGAUUCAAUUGUAACAAGAAUAUAUUUUACAUCUCUACAAAUACACGCUUAUACUUGUGUUUAA